AUGGUCACGAUACACAUUAUUUUCACCGUCGCAAUUCAAAAUCAAUGGUCGGUAACUCAAUUAGAUAUGUCUAAUGCAUUCUUGCACGGCGAACUCGUAGACGAAGUAUUCAUGAAACAACCAAUGGGUUUCAUAGACUCACAACUGCCUCAACAUGUCUGCAAGCUGCAUAGAUCAAUUUACGGGCUUAAACAAUCUCCGCGACAGUGGUUCAAUCGUUUCACCUCCUAUCUUCAAACUCUGGGAUUUUGCUUUAGCAAAGCAGAUCCUUCUCUACUUAUCUUCACUCAAAAUAAAAUCUGCUCAUUCAUCUUAGUUUACGUGGAUGAUAUUCUGGUUACAGGUAAUAAUAAUGACCACAUUCAAGGAGUUCUCCGGAAACUGCAACAAGAAUUUCGGCUGAAACAGCUAGGUGACAUCUCUCUCUUCCUCGGAAUUCAGGUGAUCAAAAAUAACAACAACUAUUUUCUACACCAAGAACACUACGCUCGUGAUCUCCUUACAAUUGCAGGUUUCAAAGACUGCAAACCGUCGAACACCCCUCUCGGCAUGAAGCCACGUAUUCAACCCGAUGAUCAGCCUUACUCCGUUCCGACUCACUUCCGGAAAUUAGCUGGUUCGCUGCAAUACCUGUCCAUCACCAGGCCUGACAUAGUGUUUGCCACAAACAACAUAUGCCAGCAUAUGCACUCACCACGGAACAGGGACUAUCAAGAUCUCAAGAGGCUAUUACGAUACGUCAAGGCAACGCUGGACUUCAGACUUCCAAUCUCCACCGACAACCUCAAUCUUCGAGUAUAUACGGACACCGACUGGGCGUCGGAUCAAGCCGACCGGAAAUCCGUAUCAGGGUUCUAUAUCUUUUUGGAAUCAACUCUUAUCUCCUGGCACGCGAAGAAACAGGCAACGGUCGCUAAAUCCUCCACCGAAGCUGAAUAUCGCUCUCUGUCGUCCGCCACAUCCGAUACAAUCUGGUUGCGUCGACUCUUAGCAGAAUUUCAUAUACCUCAACUACAACCGACACUGAUCUACUGUGACAAUACAUCGGCCAUUGCAAUCGCUCACAAUCCUGUGUUCCACGCAAGAACGAAACACAUAGAAAUCGACUAUCAUUUCAUUAACGAUCAUAUAAAGAACGGUGCCAUUCAACUUCAUCACAUCAGCUCGGAGGAUCAGAUCGCAGACAUUAAUCUUACUAAGCCACUGCCAGCCAAACGCUUUAACAUUCUUAGAUCCAAAUUAAAUAUUCGUCCAUUGAAUCGUUAA